UUUAUUUUCCCCAGGUUCCCCCGGCUUUUGCAUUCGACUCUUUGUUCGCUCUUGGGACCGGCUUCCAGCAAACUGGCAAGAUAGCUCCUAUCCUAGAAGGGCAGAAUUUAUAUCCAUUUCUGCCUGUCAGGUAAACCAUAAUUGAAGAAAAAUGAUGGAAGAGAGCGGAAUAGAGACAACCCCACCGGGGACUCCUCCACCACACCCUGCAGGCCUGGCUGCAGCCGCCGCAGCUUCCACCCCGCUGCCUUUAGCUGCAACCAGUUCUUUCUCUUCUCCAAAUGUGUCCUCCAUACAGUCCUUGCCGCCACAUGCGUACUCCACCCCUCAGCCGUCCCUCCCCCCGGUGAGGCCCUCGGCGCCCUUGCCCUUCGUGCCGCCCUCACCGGUCCCUUCUGUUCCAGCCCUCACUACUUCUAUCCCACCUCCUGUCUCUCCACCACCUGCUGCUGCCUUCAGUAAUCCCCCUCUAUCCCACUUCCCGGCUUCAUCAUCUGCCCAAAGCACUCUUUUAUCUGCACCCCCUUCUGGUCCUCCCACAUCGGGAUUUUCCGUUGGGGCAACUUACGACAUUACAAGGGGACAUGCAGGAAGAGCUCCCCAGACACCCCUGAUGCCGUCAUUCUCUGCACCUCCGGUAACAGGUAUUUUGCCGACUCCCAUUACUCAGCAAGCCAGUUUGACAUCUCUGGCCCAAGGACCGGGAACCACAUCAGCCAUUACGUUUCCAGAGGAACAAGAAGAUCCUCGAGUUGGUAGAGGUCAGGAUGAAGCAUCUGCUGGUGGACUCUGGGGUUUUAUUAAGGGUGUGGCCGGAAAUCCUGUGGUGAAAUCUGUGCUUGAUAAAACAAAACAUUCAGUAGAAAGCAUGAUUACAACGCUGGACCCCGGCAUGGCUCCGUAUAUCAAAUCUGGAGGUGAACUGGAUAUUGUAGUGACCUCAAAUAAAGAAGUAAAAGUUGCUGCCGUCCGAGAUGCCUUCCAGGAGGUCUUUGGCUUAGCUGUGGUCAUAGGGGAAGCUGGACAGUCCAAUAUUGCCCCACAGCCGGUAGGCUAUGCAGCUGGAUUAAAAGGUGCCCAGGAACGGAUAGACAGCUUGCGUCGAGCUGGAGUGAUCCAUGAAAAACAGACUGCUGUGUCAGUAGAAAACUUCAUUGCAGAAUUGCUACCUGACAAGUGGUUUGACAUUGGUUGUUUGAUAGUGGAAGACCCCGUCCAUGGCAUUCACCUGGAAACGUUUACACAGGCCACACCUGUGCCUUUGGAAUUUGUACAGCAGGCUCAAAGUCUCACUCCCCAGGACUACAGUCUGAGGUGGUCAGGCCUUCUGGUGACAGUGGGUGAAGUCCUGGAAAAGAGCUUAGUGAACGUGACGCGGACUGACUGGCACUUGACAUUCACCGGCAUGUCUCGCCGGCAGAUGAUCUACAGUGCAGCCAAAGCCAUUGCUGGAAUGUACAAACAGCGCCUGCCCCCCAGGACCGUGUGACAUGAGACUCACCCAGGGCACAGUGACCUCUUCGCUUGGAGCGUGGCGGUAAAGACUUGGUCCCAUCCCCUUGUGGGGAGCUCCAGCAGAUGUCGGGGUCUUGCGAAUGUGCCUCUAGGCUACACUUGAUCUUUUCUAAAAAGGCACGGUGUCAUUCCAGUAGCUGCAAAGAAACAGAUCCUUGCUGUGAUUGUGUAAUUUCACGUACCACAGUUCUUAGAAAACAACUAUUUUUAUAGGACAAUUUGAUAUACCAAAUCUGUACGGUGCAAAUUCACGUGCUACGACCUUUAACUUAAUGAUACGUACUUGAUUAUUUUGUUGAAGAUUGAAGAACAUGUCAUUGUUUAUUUCAUGAUUUCUCUCUUCUUAGUCCUUGAUGCUUUUUGUGUGUGCGGGUGAUCUCAGGUCUGACACCGAACCGCGUGCUCAACAGCUGACCCUCAGACACCUACUUGCAGGGAGAUGGCGCACGUUUCUGUGCAUACUUUUUACAUGGGCCAAAAUAAUGUUUGUUGUUUUUUUUUUUU